AUGAAAGGCUGUCAGGUCGACAAAAGUUUUGAAAAUGGUAACCUGAUUACUGGUGGUUCGGCUGCUGGAUAUCUUCUCCUUCAGACAAAGGAAGAAGCCACUGAAAAUGCUCAUCAAGACUGCUGUGGAAACGAUUCAACUACAUACGAAACGUCAUGCCAAUCAUUCUAUGAAAUCAAUCCACCUGACAAUUGCAGUGCAUAUCUUCCACCGUCAGCAGCGUCUGAAAACGGAUCGCAUGUUUGUCGACGAAUUACAGCUGACAAAGAAAUAAAGAAUUCCAUUCUAAAACACCAGCAUACAGCGAUACCUUGUGCUUGUUUUGAACAGAAGAUGGCGCUUGAUUACAGUUUUCAGAAGAUUGGCGAUUGCUACAAGCAAUGGUUUUCUGAAAAUGGAUUGAAACAAAUGUGUUGUUAUGAUGCCUAUGGACAUCUGCUAACAGGACCAAAGAAUGGCGGAUAUGUAAUACCAGAUAUUCUGGAACCUGAUAUUGCGGAUAUACAUAAUACAUGUUGCAUGAAUGAUGACCAAUGUAAACUGUUCUACGAGACGUUUCCGUCAAACAAUUGUUCCGACAGCACGGAUAUAAUAUACACAACGUCAUGGGGUGAUCCUGAAAUAACCACUGUGGAUCAGCACAAGUAUUCAUUUAAUGGUCAUGGAGAAUACACUUUUCUUGAAACCAGUAAUAAAUCACUACAGAUUCAGACCCAAACAGAUUUCUUGAUUAAAGGCAAUAUAGAUGCUACGAUAUUUGUUGCCUUCGUCCUUGUGGAUAACUUAAAAAAAGACACCAUCACGAUUGUAUACAAUAGAACUGACGAGGCACUAUAUCUAUUCAAACAUAAUGGAUCGUUAUGGAAGAAUUCCAAGCAGGAGGGUAUAACGCCUGGACAAUCUAUAGCAUUUCAGUGGCAUUGUACACCAAACGGAUUUGGAGUACGGACAAAGCAAACAUCGUUAAACAUAUCAGAGAUAACAUUUACCGGUGGAGCGUUUAUGAGUGUUACUAUAUCACAUCCGCGAAAGAAUAUUACAGGAAUGAGUGGUCUAGCAGGAAAUUUACAGCAGGGAUAUUAUACUGCAAGUAAUGGAACAAAAGUCAGCAGCAUUAAUGCAACAGAAGAGCAGUUAUAUUAUUAUGGGGAAUCAUGGAGGGUAACACCAGAAAGCGAAAAUAAAUUUAAUUAUAGCAUAACUGGGGGCAACUUUACAUACUGGAACGGAAAAGAUAAAACUGUGCCAGGCUUUUUUGAAGAUCUUGCUAAGAAAGGUGACCUGGAAAAACUGUACGCAGGCUUUACGGGCGAUAAUAUAACUUUAUUCAGAAGGACAUGCAAAAAUUCUUGGAACAAUCAGACUAAUGCCCAUUGCCUAGCUACAAUUGCAAGAACAAAGAAUGAAACUCAAGGUGAAGCUAUUAUGGACACUGUGGAAAAGGAACACCACAUAUAUGUAAUAUUGCACAACAAGCCUCCUCAUUUUAAGAAUAAUACUCCGACUUUCCUGAAUGUGACAUACGGAGUAAAUAGUUAUGUAAAACUUGACUUAAAGCAGUACGUAGCUGAUGACUUCGACAAGCCAGGAAAUAUGAGCUACAGCGUAGAAACAGACAUUACAAAUUAUACAUUUGGAGACGGCAAUUUUAGCUGGAUGGUUGGCACAUAUCUAAGAUACAGUGAUACAAGUUUGAUAUUUACAGUAAAUGACACGCUGGGAUUUUCAGCGGCAAAGCAAAUACCUAUUUAUUACUGUGGGUGCGAGGACCCGUCACAGUGUGAUUUUGGUUCGUUUAAUGGAAAUUCUUCAGAGAAAAUAAAGAAAGCAGCUUGCAAGUGUCCUGCAUACUCCGAAGGCUUUUACUGCGAAGUACAGUUAGAUCCCUGUAAAGAUUACACUUGUUACGAGGAUAAUUGCAAUGGAUCUUUCAAUCGCAGUAGUCCAGCGUGGCCGUGUGCAGAUUGUCCAGAAGGACUAAGAAGUAUGGUCGCUUCCUAUAAUCAAACCUGUGAAAACAUAGACGAGUGUGCAGUUGGUCCUAAUCCUUGCGGACAAAUUUGCAAUGACACGGAUGGCUCAUAUAAAUGUUUUUGUAAAGAAGGAUUCAAGUUAAAUAUAGAUGGUCAUAAAUGUGAUGAUAUAGACGAAUGCAAGUUACCUCCAAUAAAAUGCACAGGAGAGAAUGAGGUUUGUCUGAAUACUGAAGGAAACUUUAAUUGCAUCUGUGAGCCAGGAUAUAGCAAGACAAAUGGUGUCUGCAAAGAAACAGGGGGUUCCACAUAUGUUGGACAUAUGUCUUUUACUAUCUCGGCGACAAUUCAACAUAUUUCUGAAAUUAACAAGACAAUUGAUUCUGCUAAAAACAGAAAAGAUUUCCAAGAGAAGCUUGCUGCAGGAUUUAAUAACACGAAGGGGUUUUUGAGUGUGGAAGUUUUCCGACUGAGUUUGUUUAUCAGCCAGGAAAAGCGUGUAAGACGGGAUACUGGUCGGUAUGAUGUUCGUGCAGAUUACGUUGUUCACUGGAAAAAUGUAACUGACAUUAAAGUAAUAGGAGCAAAAUUGUUGGAUUCCUUUAAAACCUUCACUUCAAAAGGUGGGACAGAAAAAAUUGUUAAAGUUGGUAAUGUAAAUAUAAACCUCGAGUCAGCUGAAAACCACAUAAACAACGCGACGACUGAGGGUGCAUUAUGUACUGUUCCUGGCAAAACAGAUUGUGACCGCGGCAGUACAAACUGUAUUGAUAAAGAGCAUGGCGAGUACGAGUGCCAGUGUAAAAGUGGAUAUGAACUAGCUUACUUAAAUACGAAAUAUUGUUCAGAUAAAAACGAAUGCAAAGCCUUUGAGAAAAAUCGUACUUUGGGAGAGCGAUGUGUACGUGGUUCCUGUUAUAACAGUGUAGGAUCUUGGAAUUGUAGCUGUCCAGCCGGCAGAAAAUGGCAAGACGUUGGAAAUUCAACAUAUCCAGUUUAUCGAUGCCAAGGAAAUUUCAGUUACAUUGGAAACCUAAGUAUACUCUGGCGGGGGCAGUCAAGUAACGACACAAUUGUUAAUUCCAUCCAAGAUCAGUUGAAGAUUAUCUACACAAACAAGACACUCGAAAAUACAACAUUCUCCGAGCCUAUAAGCAGUCUGUUUGUCUCAGCAACUGUGCUGAGUCUUAAAGUAGAUAUAAGUACUAAAAUUGACCCAAUGCAUAAGUACAACGUUUUGUAUAAUUUGCGCAUGGGGGAACAUGUUGGAAGUGAGAGAGUAUCAAAUGUAUUAUAUACUGCGUUUAGUAACAAAAGCUUGUGGGUCCAUAAUUCGCAGAACCUAGACAUGACUUUUACUUCAUACUAUAUAUUCAAAGAUUCCGACAAUAUACUGUGUGAUUUGACAUCAAAUGGCAACUGUGACCCAGUAACAACUGAUUGUCGGCAAAAGAAUGGCACAACGUUUUGCAAAUGCAAGAACGGAUAUGCGAAAUUGAAUCCAUCAGAAAAAUUCUGCAUCGAUAUAGACGAAUGUAAAACCUACAAUUGUAACAAUGAAACGUGUGUAAAUCUUCCUGGAAGCUGGAUGUGUAUAUGUAAAAACAGCAGCUUUGUUCCGGUUCAAGACGACAGAAAUAACUUUACUUGUGGAGAAGUCAGUCUGUGUGAUAUACUCAAAGACUUUGAAUGUGACGGCAGUAAUAUGUCAUGCGUAAGUGACAAAGGGAUAUGCACCUGUCCCAAGGGAUAUCAUUCUGUAUCUACCAAUGAAACGCUCAUGACAUGUACAGAUGUUGAUGAAUGUGCUGAGAACAUUGUCCACUGUUCCGGACAUGGAAAGUGCGUGAACACUCCGAAAGGAUAUAAGUGUGAAUGUGAAAAGGGAUACUCCAUGAACAACACAGAUCCAUAUAACGUAUCCUGCUACGAUAUUGAUGAAUGUGCUGAGAACAUUGACCACUGUUCCGGACAUGGAAAGUGCGUGAACACUCCGAAAGGAUAUAAGUGUGAAUGUGAAGAGGGAUACUCCAUGAACAACACAGAUCCAUAUAACGUUUCCUGCUACGACAUUGAUGAAUGUAAUUCAACAAAAUAUUCCUGUAAGAAUGGAGCUUGCAAUAACACAAUGGGUAACUGGAGUUGCAAUUGCCCUAAAGUUGGAUUUUGGAAAAAUGAGGUUUCCAAGGAUGUUGUGGUCUGUGAAGAUAUUAAUGAGUGUUUUAAUAAUUCCUACUUGUGCGACGGAAAAUGUAAAAACACGUUUGGUAACUGGAUAUGCGAAUGCGAUAACGGAUACCGGUCUCAUCCAAACGAAUUACACUAUGCAUCAAACAUCACUUGCAGAGACAUUAAUGAAUGCACCGAAAACAAUAUUAACUGUUCUGGACAUGGAACUUGUAGUAAUGUGCCAGGCGGUUAUACAUGUGUAUGUGAUACAGGAUUUAUCUUUAACGAAACUAAUAAGUCGUGCGAAGAUAUUGAUGAAUGUCAUUCAACAAAAUAUUCCUGUAAGAAUGGAACUUGCAAUAACACAAUUGGUAACUGGAGUUGCAAUUGCCCCAAAGUUGGAUUUUGGAAAAAUGAAGUUUCCAAGGAUGUUGUGGUCUGUGAAGAUAUUAAUGAGUGUUUUGAUAAUUCCUACUUUUGCGGUGGAAAAUGUAAAAAUACGUUUGGUAAUUGGACAUGCGAAUGCGAUACCGGAUACCGGUCUUAUCCAGACGAAUUACAAUAUGCAUCGAACAUCACUUGCAGAGACAUUGAUGAAUGCACCGAAAAUCAUAUUAACUGUUCACAACAUGGAAAAUGUAGAAAUAUGCCAGGCGGUUAUACGUGUGCAUGUGGAACAGGAUUUAUCUUCAACGAAACUAAUAAGUCGUGCGAAGACAUUGAUGAGUGUCAUUCGCCAAAAUAUACAUGUGGUGGUGAAGGGAAAUGCUCAAAUACACAUGGCAGCUGGACCUGUAGUUGCAAUGAUUUCGGAUAUCGGAAGCACGUGUAUUCAAAAGACGUGAUAGUAUGUGAAGAUAUAGACGAAUGUUCGGAUAGUGUUUAUUACUGUGGCGGUUCUUGUAAUAAUACUCUGGGUAACUGGACUUGUGAAUGCGACAGUGGAUACACAAGAGAGUCAAAUAAAGAAGCAACAAUAAUUACUUGUGAAGAUAUAAACGAAUGUGACCUCCAAGAGUCUUGCAUUGACGGUGUUUGUGAUAAUCUAGAUGGCUCCUGGACAUGUAUUUGCCCAGAUGGGAAGGAACCUAAGACUAUUAAUUCUACUACGAUACUUUGUUCAGGAGGAUAUGUUUACAUUGCGACGAUAGGUAUAGCGGUAACUGGUUCAAUAGAAAAUAAAGAUCAUGAACUGAAAGUCUAUUUGAAGACACAGAUAAAAACUGCUUAUGAAUCCAAAUAUCCGGAGCACAAUGCACGCGUCGAAAUCAUAUCCAUUUCAAAGGGCAGUAAUAAUAGGAAGAAACGGGAAACAUCUGAGAACCUAGCUGUUGAAUUUGUUUUGCAUUUUGAUGAACCAUUGGAUUCGGAUAAUAUUACAAAAGCAUGGCACGACUACAGGAAGGAAAAUUGCCCAAAAGGAAUAUGCAAAGCAGAGAAGAAUGAUAUAUCUGUCGAUCUACCAUUCAAUGUGAUAUUUGAUAAAGAUGUAGUAUUUGAUGAAAAGAAGCAAACUGAUGCAUUAUGCAGUAUACCACAAUAUAAUCUCUGCAACCCUGACUCAACAAAAUGCCAAUACAUCAACGCAACAUUACAUUGUGAAUGUAAGAAAGGUUACACACGCAAAUCGGAUUAUGAAUGCAAAGUUUCAAAUAAUACCUGUAAUGAAAAUCCAUGCCAGAAUUACGGUUCAUGUCAUAUGAUUGAUGAGGACACCGAUUUUGAGUGCAGGUGUCGUGAUGGGUGGACGGGGAAAACAUGCGAGGACGUACAAUUAGCGGAAACAGAUCUCAAAACGAUUUUUAUUGCAACGGGGAGUAGUCUUGGAGCCGUUGUCUUUAUAUUGGCAGUCGUUGUCAUUGCAGUAUGCAGAUGGAAAGCAGCCAAGGUUAAGGAAGUUGAGAAAAUGUCUAUGAGAAACAUGGAUAACAAUGACUUCAAAUCGUUCGACGGUUCUUUAAUGAAUAGUCAGUAUAUGAGGGAUGGUCAGAACUUUUCAUACGACAGGAAUUCCUUAAAUAGUUAUAGGUCUCUACCCUAUGAACAACAAAAUGGUGGUAGCAGUUAUAGAAACCACAAUGGUUACCUCAAUGGUUCAGCCGCCUACGCGAAACCUCAUAAACUACCAAGGCCAAACUUUCACGGCUCUAUGCCAAACCUUGCGAAUCAUGAUGCGCAUUUUUAUCGCUCUGAUACCCGACGGUACUCGGGUGAAGAGCCAAGAAGGGUUUCAAGUCACAACCAAGGCUUGGACGCAAAUUACGACAUGGACUGGAGAGCUCCGAGGAACAAUGUGAAUGGCCGAAGAUCUCCUUCCCCUGAUUACGGAAGGCCAAGUUCACCGAGGCCGGACUAUGGUCGAAGAGAAAAACUUAAUAGAUCAGGACAGCGGAGUGGGGAAUGGUUAUAGUAGCGGAAGUAACGAAUACCGACGACCGGAGAAGAGAAGGGAAUACUACUACGGCAACAGACGGAGUACAAACUUCUAGAGACAAACCUUUAGAUGUUGUGCUUUCAAAUGGCAGUAGAUUACAAUAAAUGCAUUCUUUUUACAUGUGCAAGGAAACAAGACGAUAUAUGGUAACAGUUUUGUACGAUGAAAACGAAAAACUAAAUACGUGAUGAUGAUGGUGCAUUAGAGAUUUAUGCAGGAUGUAGAAGUGAUAAAUGCAAUGAAUGUACAAAAUAUUUCCUGAAAUGAAAAUCUUUAAACUGUCUUGCAAGUGACAGAUAGUUUGUUCUUAAUCCAACAGUGUAAAAACAUUAAUUUUGCAAUGGAUUAGUAGAAACAUUGCACAAAAUAUUUUGUAAUUAAUGUUUCUAUGCGCUAUGGGUUUAAACAACGUAGCAAUGUAAUUUUUUAAAACGAAUGUAUAGUGUGAACAUUUUUUUUUCAACAAAAACCACAUUUUAUGAGUUUUAAUUUUAGCUUGAUAUGUUAUGAUAUGAUUAGUAUGUUAUGUCAUAGUUCUUCAUACAUUUUACAUUCAAAAUUAGCCGUGGUUCGACACACAUUAGAUACUAUUUAAUAUAAAAAUGUACAAAUUGCUUUACGAAUAGAAACUGGUUUCUUAUAUUUUGCAUAUCUCACAAUGUAUUAAUACACAGACAUUUUUUGCUUUUAUAGAAUUAUAUGCUUAAUAUCCUUUUUGUUGAUGUACUUGCGUCUUUUUGUGUCAUAUAUUAUGAGCAUUUGUUCUUCAAACAUACCCCCCCCCCCCC